GGACACGGAACGGAACCGCCUGACACCCAUCGUCUUACAGGGGCUGGGCACGGGCGGCAAUCCGCAGGGCCAAAAACAUCGGCAAGCGCGACCCAAGGAAGGAUGGCCACCUUACCUUUGGCCACGUCUUCAAGUUGGCCACAGACGCAAGCCUCGGCGGCGGCCUCUGCUGCGACCGGUCUGGGGCCACGCUGCCGUUCUCAACCAUGAGCCUGGACCGCACCAACUCCGACAAGCCGUACGAGGACGGUAGCGUCCGCUUCCUCUGCGUGCCGCUCAAUCACCUGCGAAGAGAGAGUCUGGACGACACGGUCCUCCACGAAUUGCUCACCCGAAUUCGUGGACUCAAGUUUGUCAGAGUUGCCGAUCAAGACGCUGGUGUGCCAGGCAUGACGCGAAAGAGGCGGUGGCUCGAGGGUUAUGAGGAGGAGAUCGAGGAUACCCGGGAUGAGACGGACGAGGAAGAGGUCGACGAAGAGCAAGAGGCAGACGAGGAUAGGAGGCAAGGGCACUACGAAGAAGAGGAAGAAGAAGAGGACGAAGACGGUCAAGGAGGGCGUACGAGCCUUGAUUGGAUCCUCGGCGAGUUCGAUGAUGACGACGAGAUCGAGGGCGACGAUGCGUAAACAGAGCGGGCUCAGAUAGUAUCGAGUGCAAAGCGUGUCUUUCCUUUACGUCUACUCGACUCGACGGCAGCGCCUUCACCUCACACUCAGUCUAUCUCUGGCGUCGCUCCGUGUCUGCGUCACGUCCCAUUAAGGCGCGACAG